AUGUCCUUCGACAGUACCCUCAUUCACACGGCCUUUGACGCCAUCGCCAUCCGAGCCGCCGGCGGCUCUGGUGGAUCUUUGAGCACCGGCAACACCACUUCUGCCAGCUCAACACAGGCUGCUGCUUCUGGAGGCGGCGGCGGUGGUGGCGGGGGAGGAGCAGGGGGCGGUGGCACUGACACUACCGAGCCUCCCAAGUUCCUCAUCUUCCUCGCCGGCGGUCUCCUCGCCCUCUUCUUCCUCUCCCACCUUCCCCGUCUUCUCGUCCGCCUAGCCUCUUCGUCAAACGGUGGCGAGUUCUUCAAGGGCAACCUUCUUUCCACCAAAGAGCCACAGAACAACGACAUGGCCGGCUCGACAAGCGCGUACGCUGGUGGCCUCACAAAAGCUGCCGACAACCCUCCCAAACAUUGGCCGAGUAUGAGCGCCGUCGUACCGGGCGGCGAGCUGGUGAAUAUCACUGUUCCUUAUGCGCAUAUGACUAUCGGGCAGAUGGCGGUCUGUGGAGCUUGGGUGGCAAUUUUCGUGAUCAGCAUGGUCUACAUGAACGAUCCUCUUGCGGAUGGCAAUCGAGCAGGCUACGUUGCUGUUUGGUUGUUGCCUGUGGUGGUCGGUCUGGGUAUGAAGGUCAAUGAUCUUGGCCUUUUGGUCGGUAAGGGUUACGAGAAGUUGAACUAUCUGCACCGAUUCACCGGCCGUUUACUUUUUGUUGGCGGUACUUUCCAUGCUGGAUACUACGCUGUGAAAUGGGUCAAGAAAGGAACUUUUGCUGAGUCAGCUUCGACGCCAUUCAUCACUGCCGGUAUCGUGGCCUGGGCAGCAUUCAUGUUCAUGGGUGUCACUUCCGUCCCCUUCAUCCGUACCAGGAUCUACGGCUUCUUCUGGAUGUGUCACUGGAUCGGCUACACUGUUGCCGUUAUCGCCCUCGCAUAUCACGAGCCUCCUACUGCAAUGCUGGCUAUCGUCUCCCUGAUCAUCUACGGCAAAGACAUCAUCCUCCGCCUCGCCCUCAAAACCCGCGUCACCAACGCCCGCCUCGUCCCCCUCCCCGGCUCCCAGUCCAUUCAGGUCAUCACCUCCUUCCAAUCCGGCUGGCGCGCAGGGCAACACGUCUUUCUCCGUGUCCCCGCUUUGCGUCAAGUUGGCGGUAUGAGCUUUUGGGAGAACCACCCUUUCAGUGUGGCGAGUGCCGAGGGGGAUGAGAUGGUGCUGGUGGUGAAGAGGGCUGGGGACUGGACCAGAGCUUUGUAUGAGCUUGCUAGCCAGGGAGAUAUGAAUGGCGAGAAGGGGAUGGAGAAGGGGUAUGCGAAUGUCGGGAAAGAGUGUAGGGUCAUCGUUGAAGGUCCAUAUGGCGGCCCUGGUCCUCUUGUCAUGGCGAGCUACUCGAGCGUACUGUUGGUUUCUGGCGGUAGCGGUGUAACCUUUGCUUUGUCAGUACUGGACGAUCUCAUCAAGAAAGCUUUCAUGGGACACUGCCGAGCCAAGACAAUCCACUUUGUCUGGGUCUGCAAGAACUACGAUGACGCCGAGCCCCUCAUCCCCCGCCUCGUCGACCUCAUGUCCCGCGCAUCCACCACCAACCUCACCCCCAAAAUAUCCAUCUACCUCACCCGCUCCCAAUCCAGCUCUGCCUAUUCCGAGGGCGGUAUCGAGAUCGUGCACCGCCGCCCCGAGCUCGCCAACAUCCUUGAUGGGGUUGUCAGUAGGACGAGGGUGGAGGUGUUGAGUGGGAAUGUGGGGACUUGCGGGCUUGUGGUGGGCGUUUGCGGGCCGAUGAGGCUUGUGAAUGAGACGAAGAAGGCGGUGAGGGUUGUGCCGUGGCAGGAGAGAAGGGAUAUCGGUGGUGUGACGGUGCAUACCGAAGCGUUUGGAUGGUGA